GUAUAUCCGAAGGAUAUGGAAGCUCCUGCUGGUGGUGUUGAUGACAUGACAAAACUAUCCUAUUUACAUGAGCCAGGAGUCUUGCAGAACUUAAGAAUCAGAUAUGAACUCAAUGAAAUUUAUACUUACACUGGAAAUAUUCUAAUCGCAAUCAAUCCAUUCCAAAAAUUACCUCAUUUGUAUGAUCGUCAUAUGAUGGAUGAAUACAAGGGAGCACCAUUUGGAGAACUUAGUCCCCAUGUAUUUGCAGUUGCUGAUGUCUCUUACAGGGCUAUGAUUAAUGAGGGAAAAAGCAAUUCGAUUCUGGUCAGUGGUGAAAGUGGAGCAGGUAAAACCGAGACAACCAAAAUGCUUAUGCAGUACCUAGCCUAUUUGGGUGGCAGGAAAGCUACUGAAGGUCGCACAGUUGAACAACAAGUCCUCGAAUCAAAUCCAGUUCUUGAAGCAUUUGGCAAUGCAAAAACUGUUAGAAAUAACAAUUCCAGCCGUUUCGGAAAAUUUGUUGAGAUCCAAUUUGAUAAGCAUGGGAGAAUAUCAGGAGCGGCCAUCAGGACUUAUCUUUUAGAGAGGUCUCGUGUUUGCCAAAUAAAUGAUCCAGAGCGCAAUUAUCACUGUUUUUACCUUCUAUGUGCAGCACCACAAGAGGAAAUUGAGAAGUAUCAGUUGGGAAGCCCAAAAUCUUUUCACUAUCUUAACCAGUCAAAAUGCUAUGAGCUGGUUGAUGUUAAUGAUGCCCAUGAAUAUCUUGCGACAAGGAGAGCUAUGGAUGUUGUUGGAAUAAGUAAAGAAGAGCAGGAAGCAAUUUUUAGAGUUACUGCUGCUAUUCUUCAUCUUGGCAAUAUUGAAUUCUCCAAAGGGAAAGAGAUUGAUUCUUCAGUUCUAAAAGACGAUAAAGCUAAAUUUCAUUUAAAGAUGACUGCAGAACUUCUUAUGUGUGAUUCUAUGGGUUUGGAAGAUGCUUUGUGUAAACGAGUGAUGAUCACUCCUGAAGAAAUUAUACGAAGAAGUCUUGACCCUCUUAGUGCAGCAGUCAGCAGAGAUGGGUUAGCUAAAACAAUAUAUUCCAGAUUAUUUGAUUGGUUGGUGGAAAAAAUUAAUGUCUCAAUUGGACAAGAUCGUACCUCAAGAUGUCUUAUUGGGGUUCUUGAUAUCUACGGUUUUGAAAGCUUCAAGAACAACAGCUUUGAACAAUUUUGCAUCAACUUCACAAAUGAGAAACUGCAGCAACACUUUAACCAGCAUGUGUUUAAGAUGGAGCAAGAGGAAUAUACAAAAGAGGCUAUUAACUGGAGCUACAUUGAAUUUGUUGAUAACCAAGAUGUUUUAGAUCUCAUUGAAAAGAAACCUGGUGGAAUCAUUGCUCUCCUCGAUGAAGCUUGCAUGUUCCCAAAGUCUACACAUGAAACAUUUGCAAACAAGCUUUAUCAGACCUUCAAAAAUCACAAACGCUUUAUCAAACCCAAGCUGUCGCGUACAGAUUUCACAAUUGCGCAUUAUGCUGGAGAGGUCCAAUACCAAUCUAAUCAAUUUCUUGAUAAAAAUAAAGACUAUGUAGUCCCUGAACACCAAGACCUGUUGGGUGCUUCUGGAUGUUCCUUUGUAGCUGGCCUUUUCCCUCCAAUUGCUGAAGAGUCUCCCAAGUCUUCCAAGUUUUCUUCAAUUGGUACUCGUUUUAAGUAUCAAUUGCAACAACUGAUGGAAACACUAAAUGCUACGGAACCUCACUAUAUUAGGUGUGUAAAACCAAAUAAUCAACUGAAACCUGCCAUAUUUGAGAACAACAACAUCUUGCAGCAAUUGCGCUGUGGUGGUGUUUUAGAGGCAAUCAGAAUCAGUUGUGCUGGUUAUCCUACUCGCCGUGCUUUCUUUGAGUUUAUAAACAGAUUUGGACUUCUUGCCCCAGAAGCCGUAACAGGAUGCUUUGAUGAAAAGACUGCAUGUGGAAAGAUUUUAGAAAAGAAGGGAAUCAAAGGCUUUCAGAUUGGUAAAACAAAGGUAUUCCUGAGAGCUGGCCAGAUGGCUGAACUAGAUGCGAGGAGAACCGAAGUCCUCAGCAGUGCGGCAAAUAUUAUUCAAAGGCGGAUACGAACUCAUAUAGCUCACAAACAGUUCAAAGAAGUUCGGAAGGCUUCGGCUGUAGUACAAUCUUUUUGCAGAGGUAGAUUGGCAUGCAAACGGUUUGAUGAACUGAGAAGGAUAACAGCUGCUAUAAAAAUCCAGAAGAACUUUCGUAAAUACCGUGAUUGGAAGGCAUAUAGUAAACUUCGGGUGUCAGUGCUUAAGGUGCAAACAGCCCUACGGGCGCUGAGAGCUUGCAAGCAAUUCAAAUUGCGGAAACAAACUGAAGCCUCGAUCAAGAUUCAGAAUCGAUGGCGGUGUCACAGAAGUUCUUCACAUUAUAAAAGGCUAAGGAAGGGAGCCAUAGUUACACAAUGCAGAUGGAGGGCGAGACUAGCAAAGAGAGAGUUACGAAAACUUAAAAUGGCUGCAAGGGAAACAGGUGCACUUAAAGAAGCAAAAGAUAAACUCGAAAAACAGUUGGAGGAACUAACAUGGCGUUUACAGUUGGAAAAACGCUUAAGGACUGACUUGGAAGAAGCAAAAGCCAAUGAGGCUGCCAAAUUUCAAAGUUCUUUGGAAUCUUUGCAAAAAAAACUUGAUGAAGCAAAUGCGACGAUAAUCAAAGAAAAAGAGGCAGCCAGGAAAGCUAUUGAAGAAACACCUCCUGUUAUUCAGGAAAAGGAAGUAAUCAUUGAAGAUACCAAAAAAAUUGAAUCCUUGACUAGAGAGGUCAAUGAUUUAAAGACAUCGUUGGAGUCAGAAAAGCAACACUCUGCUGAUCUAGAGAAGAAAUAUGCUGAAUCUCAAGAGCUUAAUGAGGAAAGACGCAAGAAGUUGGAAGAUUCAGAAAUUAAAGUCCAGCAAUUGCAGGAAUCUCUGACCAGGAUGGAAGAGAAGCUCCAGAAUUUGGAAUCAGAGAGUAAAGUUUUCCGCCAACAAGCUGUUUCAAUGGGACCUAAUAAGUUCCUCUUGCGGUCCAAAUCUAUCCUUCAGAGGAAUGAUAGUGGUCAUAUAUUUGGAGAUGGGAAGCCACAUUUUGAUCUGCAUAGUGUGUCAAUGAACCCAAGGGAUCUUGCGGAAAUGGAGGACAAACCACAAAAAUCACUUAACGAGAAACAGAUUGAGAAUCAAGAGUUGCUUAUCAAAUGCAUUGCACAACAUGUAGGAUUUUCAGGGAACCGACCAAUUGCAGCCUGUAUCAUAUACAAAUGCCUUCUGCAAUGGAGAUCUUUUGAAGUCGAACGAACAUUGGUUUUUGAUCGCAUCAUCCAAACCAUAGGCCAUGCAAUCGAGAAAUCCCAGGAUAACAACGAUAUACUGGCAUAUUGGUUGUCGAAUGCCUCAACUCUUUUGCUUCUCCUCCAACGCACUCUCAAAGCAGGUGGUACAGCAGCUGGAAUGGGUCCACAACGUCGCCGAACAUCAGCUACUCUUUUUGGGAGGAGUUUCCGUGGAGCUCCUCAGGGAGUGAAUCUUUCUUUCGUAGACGGAGGCCUGAGUGCACUAGAUGCUGUAAGCCAAGUAGAAGCCAAGUAUCCUGCUUUGCUUUUUAAGCAGCAACUUACGGCAUAUGUUGAAAAGAUCUAUGGAAUGAUUCGAGAUAAUCUGAAGAAAGAGAUAUCUCCAUUGCUUGGGUUGUGUAUUCAGGCACCAAGAACUUCGAGAGCAAGCCUAGUGAAGGGAGCAUCACGCUCGGUUAAUAGCGCAGCUCAACAAGCUUUGAUUGCUCACUGGCAAGGGAUUGUGAAGAGCCUUGGAGAAUUCCUCAACACAUUAAAAACAAAUCAUGUACCACCAUUUUUGGUCCGCAAAAUUUUCACACAAAUAUUUUCGUUCAUCAAUGUUCAACUGUUUAACAGUCUUCUUUUGAGACGUGAAUGCUGUUCAUUCAGCAACGGUGAAUAUGUGAAAGCAGGACUUGCUGAACUACAACGCUGGUGUUACCAUGCAACCGAUGAGUAUGCAGGUUCAGCAUGGGAUGAGUUGAAACAUAUACGGCAGGCUAUUGGGUUUCUGGUUGUUCAUCAAAAGCCGAAGAAAAGCCUGGAAGAAAUAAGUCGUGGCCUCUGUCCUGUUCUUAGUGUACAGCAGUUGUACCGGAUUAGUACAAUGUAUUGGGAUGACAAAUAUGGCACGCAUAGUGUGUCCCCGGAUGUUAUAUCCAGCAUGAGGGUGAUGAUGACUGAAGAAAACAAUGCGAUAAGCAAUUCUUUCCUGUUGGAUGAUGAUUCCAGCAUUCCGUUUUCGGUUGAUGAUAUAUCAAAGUCAAUGGAACAAAUAGAAAUCUCGGAUGUGGAGCCUCCGCCUUUGAUCCGUGAGAACUCGGGAUUUAGCUUUUUGUUGCCACGGACCGAGUAACAUACUAACUAACUGGACUGAAGAAC